UUUAUGUUCUAUAGAUAAAUAGAAUGAAUUUAAAGAAGGAAUAAUAUCUUAAAGUGAAUAGAACUGUCAAAUUGAAGAUUAUUCGAAAGAAGAGGUUAAAAUGAUUGACAUCAUCGAACUGUCAUUGUUGAACGAUUUCUCCUAGUGUUUUAACCUAUUCACGAUUUGAUCAAGAAUAUAGCAAUGACUGGAGUGUUUACGUUAUCUCUAUAAACUUUUAUUCUCUAACGAUGAACAUUGCUAAUAACGUAUUGUACAAUUUUGACGAAAAUAAAUAACGUUUUAUCGGUCGAGUGAUAAAAUUGUUCAACUUUGAUUUUGAUAUUUGUUCAAUCAACGAUUCAUAGUAGUAUGAAAAGCAAUGGCUUCGAUCUGUAGACGAUGGAGAUUAUGGAUAUUACCAGUUUUGACUUGUCUUUAUGCUCUCUUAAUUAUUAUAUUAGUACCAGUCUUAAUAGCUAAUUCUAUUAAGAAUGGCUUUCAAAAACAAGAUCAAGGUGCAUUGGUGGGUGGAGCAUUUGUAUUGUUGGCGUUGCCAAUAGCUUUCUACGAAAUCGUCCAACAUAUGAUAUAUUACACUCAGCCUAGGUUACAAAAAUAUAUCAUUAGAAUAUUAUGGAUGGUACCUAUUUACGCGGUUAAUGCUUGGUUAGGACUUGUCUAUCCCGAGGGCAGUAUAUAUGUUGAUAGUUUAAGAGAGUGUUAUGAGGCAUACGUAAUAUAUAAUUUUAUGAUGUAUCUGUUGGCCUAUCUAAAUGCGGAUCAUCAAUUAGAACACAGACUGGAAAUGUCUCCUCAGGUACAUCAUAUGUUUCCUUUAUGUUGUCUUCCUGAUUGGGAGAUGGGAAGAGAAUUUGUACAUAUGUGCAAACAUGGUAUUUUACAAUACACAGCAGUUAGGCCUAUAUCAACUUUAGUAUCUUUUAUAUGCGAACUAAAUGGAGUAUAUGGAGAAGGAGAAUUCAGAGCAGAUGUUGCUUUUCCAUACAUGAUCGCUCUAAAUAAUUUGUCCCAGUUUAUUGCAAUGUAUUGCUUAGUUCUUUUCUAUCGUGCUAAUUCAAUAGCUCUGAAACCCAUGAAACCAAUUGGGAAGUUUUUGUGUAUUAAAGCAGUCGUUUUCUUUUCGUUUUUCCAAGGAGUUAUGAUAGCUCUAUUAGUAUACUUUGAUGUAAUAUCAAGUAUAUUUAAGACGGUGGACACACACGAUAUAAGAAAUAUAUCUUCCAAAUUACAAGAUUUUUUAAUUUGUAUCGAAAUGUUUUUAGCUGCCAUAGCGCAUCACUACAGUUUUACAUAUAAACCAUUUGUAAAUUUAGCACAGAGUCAAGCUUGGUGGGAUGCAUUUAGAGCAAUGUGGGAUGUUUCCGAUGUACAUAACGAUAUUAAGGAACAUUUAGGAGUUGUUGGAUCAUCCUUAAGUCGCAGAAUUAUAGGACGCAGUGCUUAUCAACAAGCAUGGGGAAGCGCGACAGAACGUACAUCGCUUCUUCCUGAAGCAGCAGCAGCGAUGCCAAGAAGUGCACCAGCUUGUUCAUUUUCUAGCUAUAAUACAGCUGAAAAUGGACAGAACAAUAAUCCUGGUGAUAGUUUUUCUAUAUCAACUGACGUAAAUAUCGACACGCAGCAUACUACUAAUAGCAUAAGUACAUAAUUCUGUGUCGAAAUCAUUCAUAUGUGAGUAAGAAUAUUUCAUUGGAUAUAAUUAUACUUUCUUUACAUCAAUCGACAUUAUAUGUUAUUUAUAAAUGAAACGAAACAAAAAGUAAAAA